AUGAAAAUGGCCAUGCCAUCCAUUAAUCCUAUUAAUUAUGUCAUCGAGAGACAGUAUAAAGACAAUAUUUUUAUAAAAAAUAAAUUAAAUAGUGCUCGAUUGUCGAAAGCCAAGAAUUUGUAUAGAAAAGAUUUACUUGCACAUUAUGGGUGUGUGAAUGCUAUAGAAUUUUCCCUUGAUGGGGAAUAUUUGGUGUCUGGUGGUGAUGAUAAGAGAGUUCUUCUUUGGUAUGUACCUAGUGUCAUGUAUGAUAGGGGUUCACCCAUUGCCAUGUGUACAUCCCAUCGGAGUAACAUAUUUUGCUUGACUUUCGAUUCUGGCGUUGAAAAAAUCUUCUCUGGGGGUAAUGAUGAUCAAGUUCUUGUCCAUCAAAUAGAAAGCCGUACUUUAAGAACUGCUAUUCCUCAUGAUAAGCCUGUUUAUGGUAUAAAUAUACAUCCCCAAAAUGAUAAUAUCAUUGCUACUGCAGGAGAAGAUGGUCGAAUUUUACUAUUUGAUAUCAGAGAAGUUCCAAACCAAGAAGUUCAAGUAGUCGCACAAGAAAAUAGUGGAUUUCAUUCCGUUAUGUUUAAUCCUAUGAAACCCCGAUAUAUUGUAACUGCCAAUUCUGAAGAAGGCAUUGGUCUUUGGGAUUGUAGAAAACCAAAAAGCCAAUUGAUGCGUUACGAUUCUUUAAGUGGUAAAACUAGCGGUAUUAGUGCCUGUUUCGAUUGUACGGGUAAGAAAGUUCUAGCGCUGAGACGACGUCUGCCGCCCGUUUUGUAUAUGGCCGAAUCCGAGAACGCCCUUUGUCAGUUCUACCAUCCCCAGUACUACAAUUCGUGCACCAUGAAAACAUGUUGUUUCGCUGGCGAAAACGGUGAAUACAUCCUCAGCGGGUCUGACGAUUUUAAUAUUUAUAUGUGGAAAAUGCCUACAGAUGAAAGUGAAUGGGGUUCGUCUCAUAUGAUUUUACGAGGUCAUAGAUCAAUAGUGAAUCAAGUUCGGUAUAAUGUCAAUAAUAAUUUUAUAGCCUCUUCUGGCGUUGAAAAAAUGGUGAAGCUUUGGAGUGCAGUACCCGUUGGAAAUUGGAAAGGUUCGAUUCUUAAGGAACACACAGAACCUAUUAGAACCAUUUACAGUCAUGACGACUAUAUGAGUUUAGUGGGAAAUAGUGAGCGUAUAAACCAUGACUAUAGUGACCAAUCGACUUGCGAAGACUCAAAAAUGAUGGCUUUCUUUGAUUCGCUUAUCCAGCGAGAAAUCGAAGGGUGGGAUUCACAGACAGAUGGUACUUUCUCAACUGACAGUGAUAGUGAUGAUGAGGAUUGGUCCAAGCUGAUUUCGAGAAUUUUUAAGAACGGUAGAUGUAAUUCCGAUGAGCCAAAGAAAUUUCGAUCCAAUAGAAUAACACAAUUAAUUUUUAAGAAGAAAAAUACUUUAGCAAAGUUAGCUCAUAGCAAAUGUACAAGUUAUAGAAGAAGGUAUCACCAAAAACUCCAUAAACGGAAAUCCUCUAAAUCAAAAUCCAGAAAGCACAAUGGCUCACACAAAAAAUCCCACAGGAAGUCAUCAGAAAGAGAUUCGUUGAGGAAACAGAAACGUGAAAGACCUUCAAAGUACUUCACUAGGUUGAGUGUGAAGCACCUGACUGACAAUGAAUCGACUGAAAAUUCCCUCGACACACCGAGCACGAGCACCGGCAUCACUAGCUCAGAGCGCUCCAUGUUCAGACUGAUCGAACAAGACUCAGAUGACGACACUAGAAACUUGAACGAACCUGAACGCGCUGAGGAAACCGAAGCUAGUAAUUUUGUUAAUAUAUUGCCGACGCCGCUCAACGGUUCCAGGGACGCCUUGAUUAACAUACUGGAAGUGACUAAUGGCAAUUCCUCGAGAAGUUUAAGAUCUUCCACGUCCGCCUUGAGGCACCAGUCCAACGAGGAAGACCACCAUCAGGCAGUCAACGGUUCCUCACCUUCUCCCCCCGCAGCAGACAAUACUCCCGUCGACCAGGGCUACAGCGAGAGCAGCGACAGUGAAUUGGAGUACACUCGCACACCCAAACGAAGACACCCCAGCAUCUCGGACUCCGGUUGCGGUACAGGCCCGAGUUCCAGCAGCAGUGUCAAUUCCCACAAAACUCCCAGAUUGGCUCCGGGAUGUUCGACCGACAACAGGAGCCCCGAUAGCGAACAGUGUAGAUAUAAGAAAUGUAGGUAUACGAUGCGGAAGGCCAGAAGGGUCAAAAAGAAAAUUGGUGCAGAUUCAGAUGAAAAUUGA